CCAGGACAGAAAUCCCUCAGGCAUCAACGGGCAGAAUCAUGAACAGCGACUUUUCCCAACCAGCCCCGCAGCUCUGCUAUGAGAACACGAAUGGGUCCUGCAUUAAAACUCCCUACUCGCCAGGGGCCAGGGUCAUCCUGUACAUGAUCUUUGGCUUUGGGGCUGUGCUGGCAGUGUGUGGGAACCUCCUGGUGGUGAUCUCAGUUCUGCAUUUCAAGCAGCUGCACUCUCCAGCCAACUUUCUCAUCGCCUCUCUGGCCAGCGCUGACUUCUUGGUGGGUCUCUCCGUGAUGCCCUUCAGCAUGGUGAGGUCCAUCGAGAGCUGCUGGUACUUUGGGGACAGAUUCUGUAGCCUUCACAGUUGCUGUGACGCUGCAUUUUGUUACGCUUCUCUCUUCCACCUGUGCUUCAUCUCCAUCGACAGGUACAUCGCCGUCACCGACCCUCUGGUCUAUCCCACCAAGUUCACGGCGCCGGUGGCAGGAAUUUGCAUCAGCGUCUCCUGGAUUCUGCCCCUGGUGUACAGCGGGGCCGUGUUCUACACUGGCAUCAGUGCCGCGGGCAUGGAAAGCUUAGUAAGUGCUCUCAACUGUGUAGGGGGCUGCCAAAUCGUUGUCAAUCAGGAGUGGGUUUUGAUAGAUUUUCUUUUAUUCUUCAUACCUACCUUUGUUAUGAUCAUUCUCUACAGCAAGAUUUUUUUGGUGGCUAAGCAGCAAGCUCUCAAAAUUGAAACCACCACAGGUAGCAACAAACGAGAAUUGUCCUUAGAGGGUUACAAAGCCAGAGUGGCCAAGAGAGAGAGGAAGGCUGCAAAAACCUUGGGGGUCACCGUGGUGGCAUUUGUGAUCUCAUGGUUACCAUACACAAUUGACACGUUGAUCGACGCUUUUAUGGGAUUCAUCACUCCUGCGUACAUCUAUGAAAUUUGCUGCUGGGGUGCCUAUUAUAACUCAGCCAUGAACCCUUUGAUUUAUGCUCUGUUUUAUCCUUGGUUUAGAAAAGCCAUAAAGCUUAUUCUAAGUGGGGAAGUUCUAAAGGGUCACUCAUCUACCAUGAGUUUGUUUUCAGACUAA